AAAAUAAAGAAAUGUUUUCAUUUUUAGUGAAGAAGAUAGGGAUGUUAAAUUAGGGAAAAGUGCAUAGCAUAGCAUGGAGUUAAGAGGAAGGAUGGAUAGCAAUAGGAGGAGAGUAAAUAAAAUUAUUAAAAUAGACAUGCGCCAUCAGGUUAGAAGAAAGGUUUAUUGAAAAUAAUAAAGUUGGAUGAUUAAAAAGCUGGUAUUCAAGGAUAGGUAAGAGUUAAUAUAAUUUUGUAUAGCAAGCGAAAUUACCAUAUGAAGUGGCAUUAGAAUAACAUAUGGGGAAAGUGAAUAUAAUAAUUUGGAAUGAGAGAUAUUAGAAAUUGACAACUUGUGAUGAUUAAGGAUAGAUAAUAGUUUGGAUAAAUUUGGGAGUAAUAAAUGAUUCUAUAUAAAUAGAAUGAAUGGAUGGAAGAAAUGGUUAACAAUAGAUAGAAAUCAAAUGUAACUGAUAUGAAAUGGUCACCUGAUGGAUUUAAGAUUGGAAUUAUCUAUGAAGAUGGAGCAGUAAUAGUAGGUUCAGUUGAGGGUAAUAGAUUAUGGGGCAAAGAUUAUCAAUAUAGGUUAGGAUUGAUUGAAUGGUCACCUGAUUCAAAAUUGAUGAUAUUAGGAACAGCUGAUGGAUAAGUGAUUAUACAUGAUUAGAAUGGAAAUCAAUUGAAUUCAUUAAAAAUGAGUUGUUUAAUGGGAUUAGUUGAUCCCAAAAAUUACUUUACUCCUAAUUAAUAGAUAGCAGCAGUACAAUGGUAUGAGUAUGGGAAAAUGUAUACUGAUGAGACACCUCCUGGAUUGUUAAUGGCUUAUACAUGUGGUAGAGUGUAAUUAAUGAAGAAUGAUAAGGAUGAAUCACCAAUUUUGAUAGAUACAGUAAUGACUAUUACAUCAGUGAGAUGGAGUCCAAAUGGUUCUAUGUUUGCUGUGGCUGGUAGUGCUAAGGAUAAAGAUGAAUAAAGAGCAGUUGUUUAGUUCUAUUCAAACAUGGGUGAUCAUCUUAAAACUUUGAGAGUAGCAAACACUGAUAAAGUCAAUAGUCUAAGUUUUGAAGGGGAUGGACUAAGAUUGGUUAUGGGAGUUGGCACUACUGUUUAUGUUGCCAAUUUAAAACUAGAUUAUAAAUGGGCUUAUUUAUCAUAAUCUGAGACUCUUAUCUUUGCUUAUCAAAGGUAAGAUAGAAUGGAAUUUACCAUAAUCUUUUGGGAUACUAAAAGAGAAUCAAAAACAAUCAGAUAUUUGAGAGGAUUACUUGAUAUCAAAGGAUCUAGUGAUUGUUGUGUUUUAAUCAGUCUUGUAGAAUAAGACACAUGGAAGGUAGAACUCUGCAAUUCUAUUGGUAGUCCAUUAGAUACUAAAUACAUAUCUAUUGAACCUAAAUAUAGUUGUAUGACUAAAACUCAUAUUAUAAUUGCCAAUAGUGAUUAUGUAUAUUUAUGGUAAUACAGAAAUUAAGUCUAAAGAUUGACCACCUUUGAUUCUAAUUCUAAUACUGGUAUCAGAAAAAUUGGUAAAGAAAUGGCUUGGUUUAUUGAUGAAAAUCCAGACACUCAAGUUAUAUAUGAUAAAGAUACAUUUAACUUAGAGAAACAAACUGAAGAAACCAUUUGUGCAAUAUAGGCUAAUGAAAAUUAUUUGUUUAUUGGAAGAAUUAAUGGCAAUAUUCUAAAAUUUACUUUACCUUAUGUUAGUGUAGAACCUAAAUUCUUUCUAGAAAAUAGAGCCAAUAUCAUUAAUAUCAAUUGUAAUUCCACUAGACUAUCUAUAAUUGAUGUCAUGGGAACUUUAUAGUUAUUAGAUAUUUCAGUAAAUGGAGGAAAGAUAUUAGAUUUUGAUAAAAAAGAAUGUUGGUAAGUUGUUUGGUCUGAUAAUGAUCCACUUUAAUUUGCAGUAAUGGAAAAAGGUAGAAUUCAUCUAGUUAGAGAUAUUACUGCAGAUGAUCCUCUUCCUUGUGAUGCUUUCUUAUGCACGUAAAUAUUAUUAUUUAAAUUAGAUUUUCAGAACUUACUGUUAAAGGAGCAUUAUUAGAUGAUAUAAUGUUAAGUCCAGAUGGUCAAUUAAGAGCUGAUGAAUUACUUGUAUAGUAUGAAAGUAGACUAUUUAAAGAAAUUAAGGAGUCAAUCGAUAAAACUCCACCAAAAGAAAUGUUUGGAAUCAUUGAAAAAUAACCAGUAAUUAUUUAUUUUUUAUUUUAAUAGUCUAAUACUUUAUGGAAUCUAUUAGCUUAAAAAGCACUUGAAGAAUUGGAUUUCUAAAUUGCUGAAAAGUGUUACUUGAAACUAGAAGAUUAUGCUGGAUUAUAAUUUAUAAAGAGAAUAUUGGACUACGAUGAAAAGGAAAAAUAAAAGGCUGAAGUUUUUGUGUUUUUGAAAAGAUUUGAUGAAGCUGAGAAAAUUUUAAGAGAGAUAGAAAGAAAAGAUCUAGCUGUUUAAAUGAGAAUGAAAACUGGUGAUUAUUAAAGAGUUUUAUUUUUAUCAAAAGAUGUUGUAGGAUCAGAUGAAGUUAUAGUGCAAACUCAAAAUAAAUUGGGAAAUUAUUUUUGUGAUCAAGGGGAGUGGGAAAAAGCUUAACAAUAAUUUAAAUUAUCAAAUAAUGUUGAAAAAUUAAUAGAAACCUCAUUCAUGAUUGAAGAUUAUUAAACAUUGGAAGAAUUAGCAAAUUCAUUAUAAGAAGGUAAUGCAGUAUUAUGUGAUUUGGGUGAAAGAUUCUAAUUAUUAGGAAUGGCAAAGAGUGCAAUAAAAUGUUUUGAGAAAGCAGGAGAUAUAAAAAAAGCAAUAGAUUGUGCUGUUCUUUUGAAUGCUUGGAACUUUGCUGUUGAGUUAGCUGAAAGACAUAAUUUUGUAUAGAUUGAAGGAUUGUUAUAAUAAUAUGCUGCAUAAUUAUUAGAAUAAAGAAUGAAAUUAGAAGCAGCCGAAUUAUAUAGAAAAGCUAAUCAUAAUUCAGAUGCAGCACGUUUAUUAUAAUAAAUUGGUGAAGAUCUUAUAAAAAGUGAUUAAAGUCCAUUGAUAGUUAAAAAAUUGUUUGUAAUGGCUGCCUUGGAAGUUGACUUAUAUAAAAAGAAAUUGUAUGAUGUUACUAUGACUGCUUAAAAUAAUACAAUAGCUCAUACUUUAGAUUAAUUAGUUACAAAUGAUUUAAAUCAUUCAGCAGAUAAAGUACUUAAUAAUCCCUGGAGAUAAGCAGAAGCUUGGCAUUUUUAUAUUUUAACUCAGAAAUUCUUAUAUUCUGGAAAUUACAAAUAUGCAUUGUAUCUUAAAAAUUAUUAAAUGUAGAAAAUCUGCAAUAAGACUAUGUGAAUUUGAAUUAGAUAUGGAUCCAAAAAAGAUUUAUUCAUUGUUAGCACUUGCAGCUUAUUAUAAUAAAUCAUAUAAAGAAUGUGCUAGAGCCUUUGUAAAAUUAGAAAACUUAGACAAUAUUACUGAAGAUGAAAGAGAGAGAUACCAAUCAGUAGCAGCACAAAUAUUUGUAAAGUAAAAUAAGAUCAUAAUAUUUUAGGCAUGCACCAGAAGAUGCUUUAUGUGAUGCUAUUCAAUGUCCUAAACCUAGUUGUGGUAAUAAGAAAAUCACUGAAUAGUAACUAAUAUUAAUAAUUUUAGUUAAUUAUUCUGUAAAGAAUGUGGAACUAUUUUUGGAGUUUGUGUGGCAUCUGGAAAAUCAAUAUAUGGUCAGAAAUUUUAUACUUGUAAGGCUUGCAAACAUAAAAUGAUUGACCAAGAAGUUUAAAAUUAAGCAUUAAAAUUUUGUUCCCUUUGCCAUACACCAAUAGAUUUUAAUAGAUUUGGAAAACAUGGAGAAAAAUAAUUAUGAAUUAAUAAUAAUAAUAUCAUUUUUAUAGUAUUUGUAA